AUGAAUUUUGCAAUUACUGAUAUAUUUGCUUGUAUCACAACACUAUUUGUGAUGGCUAGAUUAGUUCCAAUUGGAGCUGCAACUGUUCAAAUAUCGUAUGGAUUCUGCCAAUUUAUUAGUCCUACAUUUUGUUACCGCGGGUGAGUUCGAAGAUGUUCAACUAAUAGGAAAUUUUUAAAAAUUUUCUAGAUGUGGUUUAAUGUUUCAUUUCUUCGUCUAUUCUCAAUAUUCGUUAUGUUUAUCAUUUAGUUAUCGUUAUUAUAUUCUAAAAAAUCCAGCCCCAAAAGCAAGAUCAUUAUUCAUUUUCAUGGCGAUUGCUUAUAUCCCAGCAGCAAUGCACAUGUUUUGUUUUCUUUUUAAUGAAGCUGAUACUCAAACAGUUUAUGACUUAUAUUAUGGAUUAUAUCCAAAUGAUACCAUUAGUUUAUCACAAGUUACUGGAAAUUUAAACACUCAAACAUUCACUGGAAUAUUUCCAGUAUGUAAUAUGUUACUUUGUCCACUUCCAAUUAUUGUUUCGGUUUUAUUAAUUCGCCGAAAAAUAAUUAAACUUCUUUCGAAAACAAUGGAACAUUUGAGAAAAGAGACAAAAGCUCUUCAUAAACAAUUAUUGACUGCUUUAACACUACAAGCUUGUCUUCCAAUAUUUUUUGGAGUUGGAACUGUUAUGUUUGGAUUAGAAGCUUCGGGACUUGUAAGAAAUCCUGGAGUAGAAAGUGUGAUUUCCGGUGAAAUAAUAACAGUUAUUGAGGAUAAUCAUGCAAAUUUUCAGCUUCAGAAUGUUUCAUUCCAGUUUUAUCACCAAUUUUAUACUUAUAUUAUGUUUCUCCAUAUAGAAGAUCUCUACUUAGAAUUGCUGGAAUGAAACCAGCUGUUUCUGUAUCAGAAGCUACAAUUACAAAUCAUCAAUCAUUUGUUGCGAAGAAAACAAACGAUAAACCUAUUACUGUAGUUGCAUAA